AUGGAAGAAUUGAAUCAAGAUAUGUGGUGGGAGAGAGAAAAUUCAGGCCAACAUCAAUGUUAUAAUGAUCUCUACUAUGAGUCAUAUAAUGAUGAUACAUGUAAUGAUCCAUAUGAUAACGAUUGUUGGUGGACAGACGAUUCAACUCAAAGCCAACACCAUGAAUCACCUUGUUUUCUGGAGGACAAAGAAUCAAAUGAAUCUUCAUUUAGCAAGAAGUUGGAUCAAAUGUUGGACAUGUUGAAUGAAACCUUCAACAAAGAAGAAGACAACUCCAAGUCAAUUUUGGCUAUUGAAAAACAGUUAGAACAUAUAGCAGAACAAUUAAACCAACAACCUUCACACAAUAUUUCAGACUCUACACAAGGGAAUGAGGUAAGUUUUCACUAUAGUGAUAAAAUUGUGCAUAAAUCAGUUGGGUUAUGA